AACAAAGUUGCGGAGGCUUUUAAAAUGCAAAAAAGUUCCCCUCGAAGCCAAAUACCUUCCAAACGAGCAACAUAAACGGGUUCUAACGAUGCAAGUGGACGGCGUCGACGACGAAAAAAUGGAAUAUUCCUGUUUCAUCGACAUUGAAAGUUCACGAUGCUAUGUGGAUGAUCUAUAUUCCGAUGAUAAAAAUAAAUGUGCGCUGGCAAUGGUCCGACUGAAGAAUGCCGUCAUCGGGUCCAAUCGACAAAAGGGACAGGUUAUUUUGCAAGGUCUCGUGCCGAGGUUAAUUGCGGUCAUUUGUGAUGACAACAACGACUUGGAGUUACGACUUAAUUCGGCGAUUGUCGUUGGAUCUCUUGCGAAAGGAACGCAACAACAUGUCAGUUCGUUGAUUUAUUACGGGAUCGUGGACUUGUUUUUGGCAAUUUCCAUCGCGCGCAAUACGCCAGAAGUGCUAAUGGAGGCAUGCUUGAGUACACUGAAGACCAUUAUGCAAUAUCCGUUCGCGCCGUACGAGUUAAUUCACUCCAAUGUGCAAAAUAUCUCACGAUUAAUUCAAAUUGCCGCUGAAAGCAAAUCUUGCAGAGUUCAAGCCUACGUCACGCAUAUUCUCAUCCCAACUUACAAUGCCGAAGAUCAAAACAACCUCUAUCAAGCGGGAAUUCUGGAUUUUCUCACGAAAUUAAUCGUUUCUAAUCAAACUGUCUUGCAAAUUCCGGCGCUAAAGUGUCUCGGAUCCAUUUGUUUCUCGAAUAAGACGAUAUCGGACAUCGUUUGUUCAACGCAACACGAAGGAAAAUUCUUACCUGACAUCUUGACGGAAAUGCUCUCUCGCACGCAACCGAUCCAAAUUCAGCUGUCGGCAAGUCGUUGUCUCACGUAUUUGGAACGUGCGGAGUCGAUUCGUUCCACGGAUUCGCGGAUUGUGUAUAAAACUAUUCCCUGUUUGGCGCGUUUGUGCACGGCGCAGUUCGAGGAUUUCGUGAGAGCGAGUGCUGCGGAGAAUUUGGCCUAUUUAACGGAGGUCGACACUGAAUUACAAAGGCUCGCUGCGAUCAGCAAUCACCUGAUAAAUUCACUUUCAACCUUACUCAAGUCGCCCCUGGGUGUCGGCAAAAAAGGUGCUUUUCGGUGUCUGGCCUCAAUUUGUGCGAAUGACGAGAACAUCAGGAAGCGAAUUGUCGAAAUUGACGGUUUAAUGCAGGCCAUUCUCUCGGGACUGCAAGAUAAAAUGCUGGAAGUUCGUUUAGCGGCGGUCCGAUUACUGCAUUCGCUGUCACGAUCCGUACAAUUGCUGCGAACGGCGUUUCAGGAUCACAUUGUGUGGCAACCGUUGAUGGAACUUUUGAAUGAAGAGCCGUCGUCGGAGCUGUUAGCGGUCGUAACGUCAACAAUCUGUAAUCUCUUGUUGGAAUUUUCGCCGGCGAAAGAGCCUCUUUUGGAAUCCGGUGCCGUUGAAUUAUUGUGCGAAAAAUUAAUUAAGAGUCCAGAUUCACUUCUCAGGUUAAACGGUAGUUGGGCAUUGAUGAAUAUGGCAUUUCAGGCUGAGCUCAACGUCAAAAUCAAGAUAAUCGACACUUUGGGCGCAGAAACGAUAAUCUCGUUGUUGAAAGAGUCCGAUGUGAAGAUAAUUAUGAAAACUUUAGGACUUUUAAGGAACUUACUCAGUAAUAGUCAGCACAUAACUGUCAUCAUGGCACAACAUUCAGCACACAUCCUAAAAGCGCUUAAUUUCUUGCUGGAAACCAAUCAUCCGCCUGAGGUAAAGGAACAAGUCUUAUGCAUUGUGGGAAAUAUUGCGGCAGGCAGUGGCGAAAAUAACUACAUUUUAGACAAUGAAAGUUUAAUGAAGAAAAUUUCCGAAAUGAUUGAAAGUCCCGAGUUCAAAAUUCAACAAGCAGCGCUUUUUGUCGUAGCUAACCUUCUGCAGAAACGCGAAACGUACGUCAAGUUAAAACUCUACGAUAUUAUUCGUAAAUUGGAGAAUAUGCAAGAUGUUUUACCGAAGACAACACAAGAAGAAAUCAAGGACAGUCUACUGAAAUACGCUGCACUAAAUGAAUAAAUCAAUGCCAACCAAUGUUAAUUAUGAUGAAGUGUUGUUAUCAAAAUAAAGUUUAUUUUUAUUUUAA